AUGCACACAAGUCGGCCACUGCACUUUCAUCUCAUAUGCACCGAAGAUAAUAUCCCGUACCUUGAGAAAAAGUUUGCUUUGUUCACACGACCAGUUUAUGAUAUACAGGUAACAUAUUACCCAUUAACUGCCGAACGUGUGCGCGAACGAGGCCAUCGUGCUGGCAUAGGAGAGAACUGGAAUGUCCUCACCAAAGUAUUUAUACAUGAACUGCUCGUAGACGUUGACAAAACAAUAUUCAUUGAUACCGACAUGAUAUUCCUCGUUGAUCCUCUCGAGCUCUGGAACGACUUCAAGCAUUUCGAGAGACGCACUCUCAUGUCAUUCCCUACCCUAGGUCCCACCUCUCAUCCGGGCCAGAUCUGCAGCUGUAUCAUGCUCAUGAACUUUGCCCUCAUGCGUAAUCCAUCCGCUAUGCUUAUGCCUUCAAGCCUCCUCCCAGAAACAGAGAAAACCUCUUUGGCCUCCAUGCCGUUCGCCCGAGGAAUAAGUGAGGGGAUACCCAGUCCCAUGGCAGAUGAAACCGUCCCUUUUGAUCCCUACAAUCCAUUCUUCGCCGACCAGGGUAUAUUUCACGUCAUCUGGUAUUACAGACCGAUGAUGUUCAGACACCUAUCAAUGCGAUGGGAUGUCAGUAUCUGUCGGCAGCAGCUAGGCCUAACUUUAGGCCAUUUUGGAGAAGAUAUUGAAGAGGAUAUGACGGAAGAGGAGCAUAUCAGACGGCAAGUCAGGCUGGACGGGAGUGGGGAAGAACACACACUCAUGAGCCCCGGCGUCUUGCACUUUAACUGCCAAGGCGAUAGGGACGAUAUCUGGCUUUGGGAGGAUAAUCAUAACCCAAGUGCCAAGUUUGGUCCUAUCAUAACGACCACUUUACGAUACAAAUGGGUGUGGCUUAACAGGGGAGAUGGUUCUGCCAAGGUACAAACACGAACAGCCUCUGAUAGCAGAUGGUGGGACGAGCGGUUGGUACAGGCCCACGCUGGACGGUAA